GUAUCAUUUUAUAUGGAAUACACAGAUGGCCAACUUGGUGUCCGAUUACGUUAACUUGGAAGGAGCUGACUAUAGGAGAGCCACCAACAUUCUUCUACACAACUGGACCCGCCCCUUUCUCAAGCAAUAAGAACAAAAAUGACACGGCUCCGCCGGGUGUGUGUCUGCAAUUCCCAUUGAACGCAGAGCCCCAAUUCUCCUGCGUUUCACCAGCCAUUCAAUUCCAUGGAGUCUUUGUUCCCUCAUGCUCUGUUCUCUCUCACCUUGAAAAACAAAAAAAUCCACAUUAAUUAAGAUAGGGACACGGAAGAGGUAAACAGUUCCCGUCUUAUCGGCGAUCGAUCGCCUAAAAGCAUGCCAUUGCCAUCUCUCCCCAAACCAUCCACGAUCUUUUCCUGGAUCAUUUACUUCAUUCCAAUCUAUAUAUUUGUCCUUGCACCUCUGGUUAGCCAGUUCUUUCCCCCGGCCGAGAAUGGCGCGGUUGGCGACGAGCAUAGCGAAUACGACGCUGACGGGGACUUAUCGGCGACAUCGGCGUUGAACGACAGUCUCCUCAGUCUCGAGGAUGGCGUACCCUUUGAUUGUCCCCAGCAGGAUGACUAUAGGGUACAUCUACUACGUCGGGAUCCAUUAGUGAUCUAUAUCGAGGGGUUUCUGAAGGACUGGGAGGUGGACCAUCUAGUCGAUGUUAGUAUGGAUCAAUAUACGCCCUCGGUCAUCUACAGCGGUCAUACGGAGAGAUUCGACCCGACAGUCCGGCUGUCCGACCGCGCUCUCCUCCAGCGCGACAACGUGGUCCGCUGCAUUGAGGACCGGGCCCGCUCGUUCCAAGGCUGGAAGCCACACCUCUACAUUGAACGCAUGUGGACACAACGGUACAAUACGUCAGGCCAUUACCAAUACCAUUACGAUUGGUCCGGAUCCUCAGCCCUGGGCGGCGACCGGAUAAGCACGUUCAUGGUAUAUCUUGGCGAUAACUGCACGGGCGGUGGCACAAACUUCCCACGGAUGAGCAUGCCAAGAGGGCAAGAUAAGUGGUGCCGCUUCGUGGAAUGCGACGAGGAUGCGGGGGACGUCAAGGAUGCAGAGGGUAUUGAAAACAAUGGCAAGGGCAAGGGCAAGGACCACAACGACGAGCGGCAGAGGCGGCAGACACCGCAUCAGCCGCGCAAGGGCAUCACCUUUAAGCCUAUCAAGGGAAAUGCCAUCUUCUGGGAGAAUCUGCGCGCUGACGGGACGGGGUAUCCGGAGACUUGGCACGCAGCGUUCCCCGUCACGUCGGGGACGAAGAUAGGGCUGAACAUCUGGAGUUGGUAUCAGCCGCCUCGCUGGAGGAAAGGGAGGUGAUUUAUCACUGCACUGUAUUAUUUCUAUGUAAUACUAUGAAUACUGUAGAGUAGGCUCGAACAACCGUGUAUAAUUAUUGAAUAGAGCGUUGAAC